UAAUAGCUUCCUUUUUUUUAAAGCAAAUGACAAUAAGUUUUGAAAUCUUUUUAAAUUAAUGAUCCUGAUUAACAAAAGCAUUUUAAUGAUCCUGGUUAUCAAGAAGCAACUAGAACUGUAUAGAACAAAAAAGAAGAUUUAAAUUUUGAUAUGUUCAAUCAGAAAAUUAAUUAAAUGAUUCAUAAUAAAGAAUAUGUUCAAGAACCACAUGACUUUGAGCUAAAUGAUGAAUUAAGAGAAUUGCGUGAUGAGAAUGGAAGAUUGGUUAAGUUAAUAAAUGAAAAGGAAGAGGAAAUAAAAAUUAUUCGUAAAAGGUGGAAUACAGAAAAUAACUUUUUUAUUUUAGAUGAAGAAAUGAAAUGUAUUGGAGGUAACGCAGCAUCAAAAAUUAUAUUUUUUUCCAAGAAAUGCAAAUCCCUAACAGCUGAGCUUGAAAGUGAAAAGUCAAAGACUAAAUUGUUGCAAGGCAAACUUGGUUGUUUGGAAGAGAAAGCUGCUGUUAGCAAUAAGAAAACACAUGAAGAAAAGGUUGAGGAAGACUUAAGAAAUAAACUAAAUGAUGCAAUUAAAAAUUGUUCAAACUUGAGAAGCGAGAUGGAAAACCUUAAAAGAGAACUUAAAGUAGCUCACAAGGUUUUGAGUAGAGAGGUGGGUGAACAUGUAUCAUUUGAGUCAUUACUUAGCUCAGGAUCAACUUGGCGAGGCAGGCAACAGCAAAUAGUUACUCUACAGUCUAAAGUUGAAGAGCUUGAAAAAAAAAAAGUUGAACAUAAAGACAAAAGUUCUUUUGUUACUCAAAUCGAAGAAAAACAAAGAUUGCACAUAAAAAAGUUAGAGUUGGAAAAAAAAGAGCUUCAUGAAAAGCAGGAAAAGCAGUUGCAAGUUGUCACUGAAGAACGUGAUAUUUUUAAGGAGAAAAAUAAUGCUGCUCGUAUUCGCAAUCAAGUCCUCUCUCUUGAGUUGAAGAACUUAAAAGACCAAUUAAAAGUCUGUAAGGAAAAAAAUCAGCAUGAUGAUGAUUUGAUAAGUGCAUUGUUAGGUGAUCAAGAAUAUCUUAAAGAUGAAAACAGUAGACUCAAGCAAAAGAUAAAAUCAAGACAAAGUUCCGAGAGAUUACAUAAAGUUCAAGGUGAUACAAUGUCUGAAAACUCAAACUUGAUUGUUGAGAAACUUAAGUCUGAAAUGGUGCUUCAAGAGCAAAAAGUAGAAUAUCUUGAGCAAGAAAUAUCACUUCUUAAAUUAGAUCGUUGUUCUUCAACAAAAAGUUUAUUAACUAGUCCUCCAUUAACUCAUGGGAAAAAGAUGUUUGCCAGUCCUCAAAGACAAUCUUCUAAUCCACAUGAACAUCAGCUACAUGAACACAGUCAACAUGAACAUCAGCUACAUGAACACAGUCGACAUGAACAUCAGCUACAUGAACACAGUCGACAUAAACAUCAGCUACAUGAACAUCAGCUACAUGAAUUAAAAUGUUUGUAUGAUGUUGCAAAUGUUGAGAAAGAAAAACUUUGUCAACUUGUUGAUGUUUUACAUAGAAGAAAUGAAGAAUUAAUGCAAGAAAUUAUACAGAAAGAUGCAAUAAUAUCAGAAGGAAAAAAUAAUAAUGUAAAACUCGAAAAACAAAUCGGAAAGCUGCAAGUCAAAAGUACCAACAUUGGUUCAAGAAUAUCCAAUCAAAAAGACAAAAAUUUGUCUCAAGAACUUUUGGCUUUAAACACAAAGCUGGCUAUUCAGUUGGAAAAUAACGAGUCUCUUAAAAUUGCACUUGAUAAUGUAAUGAAAGCAAAAACAGAUGAUAUGCGCAUUUUUCAAGAAACGAUUGAACAAACAAAAUCUAUUUUUCUGCAUGGACUUAGAGAAUAUAAAAAAGGAAUUACUUAAAUGACAGACUUUUUCCUUAUUUGUUGUUACUCAGUAAAUUGUAUUGAAAUUAUUUUUUUUUUUAUAUUUAUGAAUUGUGACAUGCA